UUGUGGUCAAGAAGACGACUGGUUAGUCUUUUUGCUUGUGGUGAAUCGAAACGCAGCCAUUGUUAAAAAUACAGAAUAAACGAAAAUAGACAUUUCUGUCACGUUGAAAAUUCUGUGCCUAUUGCCUAUUGCCAAUCCAUAGCAUUCGAAUUUUUUAGGUUGUAAUUAACGAAUUUUUGAUUAUUUCCUGGUUCCUGUUGCCUGGCAUUGUGCAAGGGCCUUUACGCGGUCACGUCACGGCCAUAGUUCCGUUCAGUGCAGUGCAGUCUCCAGUGUAGCAAUAAAGAACAAACCUCUUUGUCAGCUCCCGAGCUCCGCCCUCCGCCUCUAAGAUUACGACCGGCACGGCGUCGGGAUGUAUCGAGCGAAUAAUAAGAUAGACUCGCGGAGCGUACACUUUGUAGCAGAAUGGCCAGCCACAGAGGGAAAACGCGGAUGGUAUUCGCCAAAAUUGUCUUAAUGGAAGACAAGCUAUCUCCGUGAAUCAAACGCCGAUGACAAUCUCGGAGCAAUUCAGAGAGUCAUGGCUGACAGCUAUAAUCGGAUCCAUCAUGUUCGCUACUGGAAUGUAUCUUCUAUUUUGGAAUGAGGGGAGAGCCGUGAAAGUGGCGCAUUCCUUGGACGAGGCUCUGCAUAAUGUAGUUGUGCUUCCUAAUUCGAUGAUGUUGUCACCUGAAUACGAGGGUCGCUUGAUACAUCUGUCGGGCUCCAUAUUGGUCUCCGAGCCAUUAACUGAACCAGAUUACGGAAUUGUUAUACCAAGCGUGAAGCUAAAGAGAAGGGUACAGAUGUACCAGUGGAUUGAAAUUGAAGAAGAGCAAAGUUUCAGUGGAAUAACGGAGGACGAAAAACAUUACUAUUAUACGAUGGAAUGGAAGGAUAAACUCGUGGACUCAGAUCACUUCUACAUUCGUACCGGUCAUCAUAAUCCGAAGGAAAUGCCAAUCAGAAGUCAGGUGCAAAUCGCAGAUGAAGUAAAGAUAGGUGCUUUCACGCUCGGUUUGGAAUUGAAGAAGAAAUUCAGUGACUUUGUAGAGAUCACCAGUGACGAGCGGCCAGAACGAAAGAACAUUAAAAUGCACUCUGGACUGUAUUACCACAGUGCAGAUUUGUGGAAUCCACAAGUAGGAGACAUCAGAAUACAAUUUUCCUAUGCGGGUAAAAACGGGGAUGUUUACUCGGUAGUCGGCUUGUUGGAAAAAGACACCAUAAAACCAUAUUACACAUCUCACAGUGAAGAAAUCUUGCUUCAACGAAGGCAUAAAAUGUCAGUGGAUCAGAUGUUUCAUUUGGAGCACGUGCAUAAUUAUUGGCGAACCUGGACUGUUAGAGGACUUGGAUGGUUGGUCUUGUUUGUGGCAGCAACGUGCUUAGCAAAUAUACUAAAGACAAUUAUACUAAAUUCGACGUUCCUUUGCGGUAUAAUAGCAGUCGAGUCUUUAACUAUGUCAGUCUCCAUGUCUAUUAGUUUAUUGGUGAUCGGUUUCGCUUGGGUGUGGUAUCGACCGGUAAUCGGUCUCUGUUUAGCGCUAACGUCCGUUUUGCCAUUUAUUUAUUCGACACUGAUGUCGGGAUCUCCAUCUCAGCAACGUGAUUAUUAUAGGAGAUUAUAAGUUAAUUUAUAUAUCUUGAGGUAUAAUGAACUUAUUAAUUUAUUCAA